AUGGAAAGAAUGGCGCAUGCUGACGAAAGCAGUGUCAACAGUGGCCUUCCGAAAAGCAUAAUGUUCAGAAGCAACCUUUCAGAUGUACGAUGGGAAAAGAGACACUUGAAGGCUCGGGUGAACAGAAGGUGGUUAAAAGAUGGUGAAAACUUCAGCAAUGUUCGUGGUCAUCCUGGAAGAAUGGCCACCAUUGAUGAUGAUGCACACCAAGGGAGAAAAGGGAGAGAAGAAUUCGAGGAAAAAGAUUUUAGACCAACUUCCCCUGGUCACAGUCCUGGUGUUGGUCACUCCAUCAACAAUUAA